GGCCCGCGAGGCGGCGGCGGGGUUUUUCCUUGGGCCUGAGGGGAGCCUGCCUCCCUGCUGCCUCUCGCGCCCGAAGAUGCCGGGCGGCGGCGGGCGGGUGUGCGCCGCGUGCGGCAGCUCGGAAAUCGAGGUGGACUCGGCCCGCGGAGACGCGGUUUGCACGGGCUGCGGCUCCGUCCUCGAGGACAACAUCAUCGUCUCCGAGGUGCAGUUCGUGGAGAACAGCGGAGGAGGGUCGUCGGCCGUCGGGCAGUUCGUCUCCCUCGACGCGGCAGGAAAAACACAAACAGUUGGAGGAUUUCACGUCAACUUGGGAAAGGAAUCGCGGGCGCAGACUCUCCAAAAUGGAAAACGGCAGAUCCAUCAUUUGGGGAACCAGCUGCAACUGAAUCAGCAUUGCCUUGAUACAGCCUUCAAUUUUUUCAAGAUGGCCGUGAGCAAGCACUUAACCCGAGGGAGGAAGAUGACCCAUGUGAUCGCUGCUUGCCUCUACCUGGUGUGCAGAACAGAAGGCACUCCACACAUGCUGCUUGACCUCAGCGAUCUCCUUCAGGUGAAUGUCUACGUCCUGGGAAAAACUUUUCUUCUGCUGGCCAGAGAGCUCUGCAUAAAUGCUCCAGCUAUAGAUCCAUGUUUAUAUAUUCCUCGUUUUGCACACAUGCUGGAGUUUGGCGAUAAGAACCAUGAGGUUUCCAUGACUGCCCUGAGGCUCCUGCAGCAGAUGAAGAGAGACUGGAUGCACACAGGGCGACGGCCUUCGGGGCUUUGUGGUGCAGCUCUUCUAGUUGCGGCAAGAAUGCAUGAUUUUCGGCGCACUGUGAAAGAAGUCAUCAGAGUGGUUAAAGUUGGCGAAUCAACACUAAGAAAAAGACUUACAGAGUUUGAAGACACACCUGCAAGUCAGCUAACAAUAGAUGAGUUCAUGACAAUUGAUUUGGAAGAGGAAUGUGACCCUCCUUCAUUUACAGCUGGUCAACGAAAGAUAAAGAUUCAGCAGCUUGAGAAGGAGCUGUAUAAAAAGCUUGAAGAGUUAGAAGGUGAAAUAUCAAGCUACCAAGAUGAAAUAGAGAUUGAGUUAGAAAAUAGCAGACCAAAAGCAAAAGGAGUUUAUGCAAAUUUCAGUAAAGACGACUGCAUGGAAGACAAUGCCUCGAGUAUAUUUGGAGAAGAGGAGGGAGAAGACGAAGAACUGGAAGCAGCUGCGAAUCAUUUAAACAAGGACUUUUACAGUGAACUUCUGGAUAAAGACAGGUCAAAGGAAAAAGAGUCUCCUCUGAGGCCACCUGCCCUGGAAUCCCUGCUUGGCCCUCUCCCUACAGCCGCCAGUCUUGGAAUAACAGAAUCUAUAAAAGAAUGCAUAUUGACUAAGGAUCGAGACCACAAUGAAAAUACUGGAGAUGGUGAAUUAGAUCUAAGUGGAAUUGACGACAGUGAAAUAGAUAUGUAUAUACUUAAUGAUUCCGAAGCCAAAAUAAAAGCAGAACUCUGGAUGAGGGAGAAUGCAGAUUAUCUGAAGGAACAAAAGGAAAAAGAAGCAAGGAUAGCGAAAGAGAAGGAGCUUGGGAUUUAUAAAGAACAUAAGCCCAAGAAGUCUGCAAAGAAGCGGGAGCUGAUCCAGGCCAGCACAGCGGGAGAGGCAAUUGAAAAGAUGUUGGAACAGAAGAAGAUUUCAAGUAAAAUUAAUUAUAACGUGUUAAGGGACCUCAACAGCAAAGGAGGUAGCUCACCAAAGAAAGAUGAUGACAGCACUGAUGACAGCAGCAACACCAAGAAACUGUCAAGAAGAAAAUCUCUGGCGGCUCGGAAUGUGGCCAACUCCGUAAACAGUGUGGGGAAAAGGUUAAGACCCUUGAUUUCAACGCAGCUAGCAAAAAAGCCUGCCACAGAAGAGGCAAUCUUUCCAAGCACUCAGACAGAGGCCCAAGCAGCUGAAAAGCCAGCAAAUGUAUUGGUAGAAUCCGGGCCCGUCUCGUACAACCAUGAGGAAGAAGUGGAAGAAGAAGAAGUUGAGGAGGAAGAGGAGCACUGCAUGAGUGCCCUACAGCUGAUGGGGGGAAAUGAUUAUGGCUGUGAGAUGGACGACGAUGAAGGAUACUAAUUGCCACCUAAUGGGAUCGGUGAAGGAAGUUAACCUGGCGAUGUCAACAAACCCUCCUGACUUCCAUUGCUUGCUGGUCAGUUUCCAUUGACCUGUAGCCUGGCACCGGGGUUUGACUUUCGAAUACUUGAAAUGUUUCUGGAUCAUGUUAUGAGAAAGGGAUUCAGCGAAGCAUCAGUUUCAGGGAACAAAGGAGAAGAGGCAAAAUGGCUGGCACAACUCAGCGGCGCGGUGUUGGACCUGCCUUGCGGCUGCCCUUGAUCCAGCCCUAUCUUGAUAAAAACACAUAUAUGACAAGGAGCAAAUCAUAAAUGUGCAAAACCUCCAAGUGGAAAAGUUGUGGACAUGCACUGUUUACAUUGGGGGUGAUAAAAGCACAUCUCCC